UAUGUGCAGCUAUUGUCAGAGUCACGUACCAUACAAACACACAGGUGACCUACAACUGAGAUUUAAAGGCUACCUGACUUACCGCUGUAAGGGAAACUCUUAGAACUUCAGCAAUUUUUGAUAAUCUCUGCAGCUAUAAAUUAACAUAUUUUACUUUUUAAGACAGAUACAAAAAAACAAAACAUAAAAGAAGGGGGCUAUCGUCUUCACAUAGCUUUUAAAAGAAUUACAUUUCAAGAAGAAGAUGCAAAAAUAUAAUUGUAAAGACUGAAGUGUCUACUCCUCAUUCCAUAUUCCUUGUAAAAAAGCUGCAGCCGUUAAUACUGCAUCACAAUGAGUGCGGGACGAGACCAGGUGAUUCAUCUGUUAAAGCUAUUGCAGCGAGCAUCGUGCAAGUGCCCAGCCCACUCUCACACCUAUUCUCAAGCUCCUGCAGCGGGGAAAACAACAGACUAUGCAUUUGAGAUGGCUGUUUCAAAUAUCAGAUAUGGAGAAAAUGUUACAAAGGAAGUUGGAAUGGACUUACAGAAUCUAGGGAUGAAAAAUGUCUGUGUGAUGACAGACAAGAAUCUUGCUCAGCUGCCUCCGGUGAGGGCCGUGCUCAAUUCACUAAUCAGAAAUAAAAUCAAUUUCAGUGUUUACGACAAUGUAAGGGUGGAACCAACUGAUAAAAGUUUUAUGGAUGCAAUCGAGUUUGCUAGGAAAGGAAAGUUUGAUGCUUACGUGGCUGUUGGUGGAGGGUCUGUGAUGGACACCUGCAAAGCAGCUAACUUAUACGCGUCCAGCCCCGAGUCAGACCUCCUCGACUUUGUUAAUGCCCCAAUUGGAAAGGGAAAGCCUGUGACUGUGCCUCUUAACCCUCUCAUUGCAGUUCCCACUACCUCUGGAACAGGAAGUGAAACCACUGGAAUCGCUAUAUUUGAUUAUGAAGAACUAAAUGCAAAAACAGGAAUUGCUUCUAGAGCUAUAAAACCAACUUUAGGGCUCAUUGAUCCACUACAUACACUUCAUAUGCCAGAAAGAGUCGUUGCGAAUAGUGGUUUCGAUGUAUUGUGCCACUCACUCGAGUCCUACACUGCCCUGCCCUAUCACAUGCGCAGCCCCUGUCCUACCAAUCCUAUAGAGCGUCCGACUUACCAGGGGAGCAAUCCAAUCAGUGAUGUCUGGGCCAUACAUGCCUUGAGGAUUGUGGCCAAAUACCUAAAGAGAGCCGUAAAAAAUCCAGAUGAUCGUGAAGCUCGGUUCUCCAUGCACUUAGCAAGCUCAUUUGCAGGCAUUGGGUUUGGAAAUGCCGGGGUGCACCUCUGUCAUGGGAUGUCAUACCCUAUUUCAGGCCUUGUAAAGACCUACAGAGCCAAGGAUUAUAAUGUGGAGCACCCAAUAGUGCCUCAUGGACUUUCAGUUGUUCUGACGUCCCCAGCCGUGUUUUCAUUCACUGCGUCAAUGUGUCCAGAGCGCCACCUAGAGGCAGCAGAAAUACUUGGAGCUGACAUCCGGACUGCUAAAAUCAAAGACGCGGGGCUCGUCUUGGCAGACACAUUGCGGAAAUUUCUUUUUGAUCUGAAUGUUGACGAUGGUUUGUCAGCUGUUGGCUACACUUCAGCAGAUAUUCCUGCUUUAGUAAAAGGAACUUUGCCCCAGGAACGUGUGACAAAGCUCUCUCCACGAUCUCAUUCUGAAGAUGAACUUUCUUGCUUAUUUGAGGCGUCAAUGAAACUCUAUUAACUGGACCAUAAAAACUUGAGAAAUCAACAUCCGCUGAUAUUGUUGGUGGUAUUUUUAUUCGAUGUCCAUAUAAAUUGUAAUUAGAAAUAUAAAAAAUGAUUGUCUGUUUUAAUGGGCAUGGCUGCCACUGGUUGAAUGUAAGAAUCCUGAACAUAAAGCAAACCACUGGAUUUUUAUGGAACUAA